AUGUACGAGUAUCUAUGCCCCAACAAGGCCUAUGCGCAGGCAUUACCUCCUUCCGAUGUCGAUACACUGAUCAUCUCUUGUUUGACACCACCACUCCAACUUCUUAUUCUGCAUGCGGGGAUAAGGAAAGAGACGAGGAGAGUACGGCGUGUUGCGAGGCGCUGCGUCAUCUCUUACGAUGGCCUACCCCUCCCAUUCCGGCCUGAGUUCAGCUUCAUAACACAAAUUUGCGUCGCAACACGAGAAGGUCAGGGAACGGAGAUGGAGUAUAAGGAAGAGUUCCUGAUAGACGCUUGCGUUUGGCACCCUUCUGAUGUCAGUUCAGUGCUCGGACCCAUGCCUGAUUGGUUUUCUUGGUUCGCACGAGGCGCCAUAUCUAUCUUUGCCAUGCCUUGGACCUGGGUUAGCGUCCAACGUGUCAACCAUCCGGAUUGUGUUACUGCCGAGAAACGCGAGCAAGGUGCGAUUCCUUUGCCUGCUCUUAAGGGCCGGUAUCUUAUCGAGAAGAGGGGUGAGGGAGAACGACAAGUU